GGCGGUGCUGUCUUUGGGGGACGCAAAGCGCUAGAAGAAGAGGGUUUUUUUCUUUUCCUUCGGCCGCGGAAACUACAGAAAGGAGCUGGCGAGGGUGGUCUAGAAAGGCGGUAGCCAGAAUGUCGGUGGUCCCGGAACCUCUUGUAAACCAGCUAGGCCUUCCAGUACAAUGUUGAAUAGAAGUGGUGAUAAUGGUCAUCUCUGUCUUGUUUUCAACCUCCAGGGAAUUGGAAAAUAUUUAACUCUUAACAAAUGAAUUCCCCACUUGAACUCUGCCGAAUUCCUGUGCCACCUCCUCCUUUAGAAAACUGACCUUAAUACAGAGAUAAAAGAGGAGUAGAAGGUAAAAGAAAAUGCUGGGAUCUGACCGUUGUGUUGUGGAAGAAUGGUUAUCAGAAUUCAAGGCAUUACCUGACACUCAGAUCACCAGUUAUGCAGCAACUUUACACCGGAAAAAAACACUUGUACCAGCUCUCUAUAAAGUUAUUCAAGAUUCAAAUAAUGAGCUCCUGGAGCCUGUCUGCCACCAGCUGUUUGAGCUCUAUCGUAGCUCAGAGGUUCGACUUAAGAGGUUCACAUUGCAGUUCUUGCCAGAAUUGAUGUGGGUUUAUUUACGGCUUACAGUUAGCCGAGACAGACAGAGUAAUGGUUGCAUUGAAGCACUUCUAUUAGGAAUUUACAAUUUGGAAAUUGCUGAUAAAGAUGGGAACAAUAAAGUUCUGUCUUUCACUAUCCCUUCCUUAUCCAAGCCUUCAAUAUACCAUGAACCCUCAACAAUUGGAUCCAUGGCUUUGACCGAAGGGGCAUUGUGUCAGCAUGAUCUCAUUAGAGUUGUUUAUAGUGAUCUUCAUCCUCAGAGGGAAACAUUCACUGCACAGAAUCGGUUUGAAGUCCUGAGUUUUCUCAUGCUGUGUUACAAUUCUGCUAUUGUAUAUAUGCCUGCCUCAUCUUACCAAUCUCUUUGUCGGAUGGGUUCCAGGGUUUGUGUGAGUGGGUUUCCACGGCAACAUGAAAAACAUUGGAAAGAACUCUGUGGUCGAAUAGUAUUGGAUCCUGAAUUUAUGGUGCAACUUCUCACAGGGGUUUAUUAUGCCAUGUAUAAUGGACAGUGGGACCUUGGCCAGGAAGUUCUUGAUGACAUCAUUUAUAGAGCUCAGCUAGAGCUUUUUUCUCAACCACUAUUGGUUGCCAAUGCCAUGAAAAACUCAUUACCAUUUGAUGCUCCUGAUUCUUCACAAGAAGGCCAGAAAGUCCUUAAAGUUGAAGUCACUCCAACAGUGCCGAGGAUUUCUCGGACUGCAAUUACAACAGCUUCAAUCCGUCGUCAUAGAUGGAGGAGAGAAGAUGGCUUUGACUUCUCAAACGAGGCUGACUCGAGUAUUCCUGGCUCCCCGAUCCAACACGGCUCCACUGACCUAGGGAUCAAACGUGUGCAAGAGGGGGAGGUGCUGGUGCGCAGGACCCCUGAGCAUGGCUCGCCGGAGCCCAACUCAGCAGCAGCCACAACAGAGGGUGCUGAGGGUGUAAAUGGAGGAGAGGAGUCUGUAAACCUGAAUGAUGCAGAUGAAGGAUUUUCAUCAGGGGCUUCCCUCAGCAGUCAGCCAAUUGGGACCAAACCAUCCUCCUCUUCUCAGAGGGGAAGCUUAAGGAAAGUAGCAACUGGGCGUUCAGCCAAGGAUAAAGAAACAGCCUCUGCCAUCAAAUCCAGUGAAAGCCCUCGAGAUUCAGUAAUUCGCAAGCAGUAUGUACAGCAACCAACUGAUCUUAGUGUAGAUUCAGUUGAGCUGACACCAAUGAAGAAACACCUGAGCCUGCCUGCUGGCCAGGUGGUGCCAAAAACCAAUAGUUUAAGUCUAAUCCGGACAGCCAGUGCUUCCUCAAGUAAAUCAUUUGACUAUGUAAAUGGCAGUCAAGCAAGUACCAGCAUUGGGGUUGGCACUGAGGGAGGUACUAAUUUAGCAGGUAACAAUGCUAAUCGAUACUCAACUAUCAGUCUGCAGGAAGACCGGCUAGGUCAAGCUGGUGAAGGUAAAGAGCUCCUCAGCCCAGGAGCCCCCUUAACCAAGCAGUCUCGAUCCCCAAGUUUCAAUAUGCAGCUAAUAUCCCAGGUGUAGUUUUGACUUCUUCCCUCCUCUUUCUGCUUACCUUUUAAACUGAACAUUUCAUUGUGCAAGAAGACACUUCAUCCCACAUUGUGAAAACAUUGGUCAUCAUAAUCAGAUUUCAUUUAGUUUAGGUAUCUUCAUAUUGUAUUUUGUAUCGAAACAGCAAUAAGGUUUUCUUUAUCCCUCUUUCCUACAUCUUCUCUUCACCUAUUCCUUGUAAAUGUGUUUGUGAAGCAGUAUAAAAUGUUUGCCUUUUCCAUGCCUUCCUUUCUCUUUGGGUGAUGUGCAAUCCAUUGUAGGCUGAUCGGUCCCAUUUCAACACUGUGAGACUGAGGAUACAUUAGAGGAAAUGGUGUAUAUGAUCCCUAUGAAACGAUUCUUUGGCUUUUGUUUAAAAACAAAGCAAAACGGGUUUGUUCUCAUAACCUAUAGAACUAUGAAGAUUACUAGAUCAUAUUUUUUUCUCUCUUAACCAGGAGUGCCUCAGAGAUUCUGCUAUGAUUUUGAACUUCUCUGAGUCUGUGCAAUCAUUUUCUGGAGAAGCAUGGGAAAAGGUGGUAGACUGCUGCACUUUUUAAUUAAAAUGAGGGUAGCUCUUUCUCCACCCGCCCCCCCAUCUCCUUUAUCCCAAGACAUAAUAGUUCCAUUAUGGAGGCAUUUAAAUCAAGUUAUGACCACCUCCACUGGAGGACAGGGCUCUAAGUUGAUUGUGUAAUUGAUAAUGCACUUUCUCAAUGGCUCUAUAGUCAUUAUUAACAUGUCUUCCCUCUUCCCCACAAGGACAUAUAAGGUCAUUUCUGUCCUCCAAGUUUGGCCAACUAACAAAUCAGAAUCUGAGGGGCAUGUGCUGUUUCCCAGGAAUGAUUGACACUUUGGUGCUGGGGUUUGUGGGGGGAGGGGUGGUUUUUGUUUAGCUUGUGUGGAGAUUGUGUGUGUGAGGGGAGACUUUGAUUGUUGUUUUUUUUCCUUUUCCUUUGUGAGCUGAUGAUGGCUGAAGUAUGACAGUACAUCUUCAGGUAAAGAGAGGGAUUUCUCAAUCUACUUUCUGUUAUGUCAGACUAUAAGAGAAACCCUUUCAGCUGCUUUCUAGAUGUACCUAAAUUCAGUCAGACAUUUUGGAUUAAGAAACCUAAAGUCCUGAUAGAUUACCUACUCCGAAAUACAUCAGGGACAGACAAUUGGCUGAAAACACUGAUGCUUCAAUGUGACACAUUUUUAUAGAACAUUUCUACCAGGGGGUACUGAGCUUGAUUUUUCCUGUAAGGACCACACUGCCUUUGUGUUUAAUGUAAUGCAAUUUGUGUACCUUCUAAUCAUAUAUCUGCAGUUUCUCAUUUUUAUAAGACUUUGGAAUCAUGCCAGUAAGCUAAAUGUUGAAUGUAUGUAAGUAGCAUUUGGUAACUGCUAAGAGGUUACAAAAACAUUAUCGGUAAAAAAAGUUUUUUAGUUCUGAUCCAGUUGGAUAAGAUUUUAUCAUAACCUCUUCUGGGUUUCAGGCUCUGCUGUUUGAAAAAGAAGGGAAUAUAUUGCGUUUUAAAAAAUCAGUGUAUUGUGACUUAAACUGUUGUUAUCCUUCCACAAAAUGCAUCAGAGCUAUUAGUGCUUUGUACCUUUAGAUGUUUUUACUUUAUUGUUUAAGAAAAAUAUACUGAAUUUAUAGAAAGCAAGUAUUCUCCUAAUUAACAAAGGUUAAAAUUUUAUCUCUACCAAUUAAAAUUACAAUCGAUUUUGAUAAAUAACCAGAAAAAUGCCUUGUUUUUUUCACACCUAGUAAUCCUCCCGUUUUUAUUGUAAUAACUUUUUUUUCCUAAGAGACUUUCUGUUAGACUCUUUAUAAGAACAAUGACAUGUGCUUGCUUGAAUCUGUUGGUCUGUAACACUUUCCAGCUCAUGUAAAAAUGGAAAACGAGAACCUGAACUAGUAUCUACAACAUUGCCAAAGUCCAGGGCAAAGCUGAAAGUUGAUAAAUAGACAAUUUAUUGAUUUGGGUGUGUCUGUGUCUGUGUGUGGAUACAUAUAUAUAUGGUGUGUAUUUGUAUAUAUCACAAAGAUGUAUUUUAAAUAUGCUUUCUUUUAAUUUAAGGGAUGUCAGAUAAAUGAAAGCAGUUUAAAAAUAGCCAAAAUAAAUGAGGUGUAAAGGUCCAUAACAUACUAAAAAAGGCAGAGUUUCAGGUAUGUAAGGAAAGGAACAUUAUACUUACCCAGAAACUGAGAUCUUGGCUAUGGCUGGAGGUCAGUCACUUUAUGGCAGAAAUUAUGGUUUUAUUUGGGAGGAUAAAAGACUGUUUUCAAUUCAAAUUGUGCAUUUAUUGGCAUCUAAAUCUGCAUAAGUUUAGUUAAAGCACAAAAGAAAUACCACAUAAUACCAAAUUACUGCAAAAAUUAUAAUAAAUACAUCAAAAUUUUCCUUUGACUAGAAAUCUUAUACCUGAAAAAUUGGUUUUAAAAAUGUCCAUUUUAGAGGAUUUUAUUUAUCUGUACGUAUAUACAUAUAUCCCUGUAUGUAUACAUACCUACAUUAACAUUUCAUCACCCUGUAACAUUUGUUUUCUAUUCUAUUCUUUUUUUUUUUUUUUUUUUUUUUUGUGACGGAGACUUGCUCUGUCACCAGGCUGGGGUGUAGUGGCACAGUCUCAGCUCACUGCAAUCUCCACCUCCCAGGUUCCAGUGAUUCCCUGCCUCAGCCUCCUGAGUAGCUGGGACUACAGGUGUGCACUACCACAGCCGGCUAAUUUUUUCCAUUUUAGUAGAGAUGUGGUUUCACCUUGUUGGAGAGGAUGGUCUUGAUCUCCUGACCUUGUGAUCCACCUGCCCAGGCCUCCCAAAGUGCUAGGAUUCCAGGCAUGAGCCACCGUGCCUGGCUGUUUUCUAUUCUUUUAGGUGACCUCAGUGAAGAAACAUUUCAUUUAGUCUAAACCUUGCAUUCGGGGUCUUAGAACAGAUUUUUUGUGCAAGAAUUGUUAUUAGUUAAAAUGGAAGGUGUUUAACAAAGUCAAAUUUUCUAAGUUUUUAAAUAUGCAUUUUAACAUGCAUUAUUUUUGGCAUUUAAUAUACAAGUUUUGUUUCAGAUAUACAGCAGCUGUUACAGAUAAAUGCCAGCAAUAUUCAAACUUUUUAACAAGAUUUUGUUUUACAUUUCCUAACUUCCAUAAAAGUCUAACUAUAUGAAAAAGAUAUUUAAGGAGAAAGUACUUGUUUUCUGUAGUAAAACAAUUAUGUUGGUGCCAUGUAUGCCAAGUUGGAUAAAAUAAUACAAAGAAAUAGCUGAAGGAACUCUGACAUUAAUUACUAGAAAGCAAACUAAAAUGCAAAGUGAAUAGUUAACUUAGAAGAUUUGAUUUUUUGAGACAGGGUCUCACUCUGUCCUCCAGGCUGGAGUGCAGAGGCAGGCGCUAUCACAGCUCACUGCAGCCUCGACCUCCCUGGGCUCAGGUGAUCCUCCUACCUCAGCUUCUGAAGUAGCUGGAAUUCCAGCACCACCAUGCCUGGCUAAUUUUUGUAUUUUUAGUGGAGACGGGGUUUCGCCAUGUUGCCCAGGCUGGUCUUGAACUCCUGUGCUCAAGAGAUCCACCCACCUCGGCCUCCCAGAAGUGUUAGGAUUACAGACAUGAGCUACCACGCCUGGCCUGAAGAUUUUUAAAUGUAAGAAUAUUUUAAGAAGCUAAGGGGGAAAUUGUUAUUUUAAAAUCCUGAUCCCCUUACCUUUACCCCUUACCAUUCCCCUUACCUUUCCAAUUCACUUUUCUUUGUCUAUUUAUUAAUAGAACCAGAAUUGUGCUAAGAAACCGUAGAGAUAAUCUAGCUAGUUUCUCACUGCCUCACCACAUUCAUCAAGAAACUGAGGCUCAGAGGGUGGUGUGAUCAAGGUCAUAUAACUAAAGCAGAGCCAGAAUCAAACCCAGUCUCCAUGGGUUUGGGGAGGCAGUGGGUUGUUAAAUCUGUUUUUUGUUUCUUUACAGUUCUGGUCUAGUAGUUAGUGAAUACAGCACAUUAAGAAAAGUAUUAAAUCCAGAAAAAAUGUAGAGUAAUCGAGAUGGGGAAGUGUUGGAAAUGUUAAGAAUAUAUACAUAUGUAAGGAUAAAUACAUUAUUCUUUAUUCUAAUUUAUGCCUUACUAUUUUCUGCCACAUAACAGUCGUAUGCUGCCAUUUUAUAGUUGAUUACAUUUCUGGGGAUUUAUUUAAAUGUAAAAUAAACCCAAUGAAAAGGCUGUGAUCAGUGUUUCUAGUUAUUUUAAAGUGAUUUUUUGAGUCAGCCAGCUUUUAGUCACCAGUGUGGCAAGCUAAUUAUAUUGCACAAUAGAGUAUUGCAAAGUAAAGAUUAAAUAAAUUUGAUUAAUAAUUUUUAAUGUAGAAAGAAACUGAAUCUUACCUAUGCUUAGAGCAAAUGCAAGCAAUAUUUCCUUAUGUGAUUGAAAAAGGUUUUAUAGUGUUAAACUUAUGAUUCCAUAAUGGAACAGUGACCAUGAUGUCAUUUAAAGUGUGUAUAUACCGUAUAAAAUGUCUUAAAUGCUGUAGUCUCAGCUAUAUAAGUUCAGUAUUUCCAACCUGUAUUUUCAAAUUCUACCUAGAAGCUUUAAACUAAUUAUAAUUAUUUAUUAGACACUGGAAUACUAAGAAUAACUUCUUUCAGAUUUUGUUUGUACAAUUUUUGUGAAUAUUUUAAUGAAGUGGAGUAUUUUUCCCACCUCACUUUUGUGAGGUUUGUAUGGGUCCAUUUUUGAGUACUUCAGUUGUUGACAAUCAGUUGUCUCAUUUAAAUCUCUGCAUGUUCAUUUGUAAAUAAAAAAUUUAGUAUCCGUCUUUAGGGGUAGUACCCUAUCACAAACACUGGCAAGGAAUGGCCCUCCAUUUCUGACCUUGGAUUACAAAGUAUGUUUUGGGUUUUUCUUUUUUAAUCAGUAUUUCAGUUACAUAUUUGUUUUCAGCUUUAAAAAGUUUAACAGGUCAUGCCAGUGAUCAGAAAAUCUGUAAGCAUUUUAGAUCAAUUUUUCUACACUACAGCUAUGUUAAACCGUCUGAACAUGAGAUUUUUUUUAUCUUUCCAUUUGAAUUACUGUCAUUUCACCACUAAGUUGGUUGAGACACUUAUUUGUAAUACUUUAAUUUUUUUAAAGUGCUUUUUAGAAACAAGUUGUUUGAAAACCAAUUAGAAAUUGGAAUUUUUGCCAGAUUGUAAGAAAAUGGAAUGCAGUGUAAAAAUGUUAACAAUGCUAAUAAAAUUAUGAGUCAUCAGAUUGGUACAGUUUUCCAUGCCAAGGUGGUCAUAUUGAUAAUGUAAGACAAAUUUUAGUAUUACUUGCAUUGUGUGUACCUAAUAGGUAUAUCAUACUGGUACUGAGCAUAUAUAGAAAAUACUAUUCAUAGAGGAGUCAUCACCACCCAACCUCCUUGUCCAUGAAGGCAUAUUUCUUCUAAACCUGACUGCACAAGUACAACAUCUUGGUAACUUCAGGCUUUUCAGUAUUUUUGGAAUCUUAGCCAUAGUCCUAUGAGAAAUGUACAUAACAGCAAACAAUUCAGGAUAAAAGUUAGCAGAAAGCUGGGAAGGAUGCGAAAUAACUGGCAGCAUAGUACAGAAAUGUAGGGUAUAUGUUUCUGUAGGAUUUUCAGAAAUUGUGUUAAUCAUGUUUACAAAUUAAGGCAUAUUCAGAUGUCUGCCAUUAAUAUUGAUUUUGUUAAAGAAUAGAAUUAGGUAUAGCUUAAAGUAUAAAUGAGUCUCUUUACAUGUGUUUCUGGAAGUAGGUCUAAUAAAGAAAUCCUUUUAUUUUCAAAGAAAUGAACUUAAUUGGACAGUUCCUCCCCAAUUACAGAAUUGAUAUCAAUAUGUUUUGCUGUAUUUAGAGUAUAAACAGCUCAAUGUUAAUUAUAUCAAAGAAAGUUCUUUACAUCUUCAUUGAUUACAAAGUUUACCAAAGAAAAUGUAUCUACCAAAUAUAAUUUCUAAAGUACUUGUAAGGAGUGAAGCCUCUUUAACAUAUAGAGUAUACUGAAAAUAUUCUCUGACCUGGAUAGGUUUACAGUAGCUACAAGAUUACAAUUUAGGUUUUCUUAUGUCAAUAAAUGUCAAUAUUUUAUACUUCCAGCAAAAGUACCCAUUAAAGACUAAGUCUAAAUAUUGUUCCUCAUAGCACAUUUUCUUGUCUCCUUAAAUUAAGGAUUCUAUUCACCAGGACUGAAAAACAAGGGGGACAUUCCUAAAAUUGGUGUAUUGUAUAAUAUAAUGGGUUAAGUAAAAUUUAGGAGGAAAUUGUAGAAAUGUACCUAUUUUUAAAGGGCAGUGGCAAUUAUUAUUAUAUUGGUUAAACUGGUACAGUUUGUUUAUGAUUUAUGUCCAUGAUCAUUGAGUGUUUUUUUCUUUGCAGAAAAACAAGAUUGGGUUAAGAAAAGUGAAAAUACUCAUUUUAAUAAAUAUAUAGGCCAAUAAGAACUAGUUUAUUUCAACUGUUAAUUUUUUUGGAAAUCAUGAAAUGUAUUUGCAUAUUGAUGUUUCCAAACAAGUUUUAUAUAUUGUUUUUUAUAGCAGGGAGUAGUUAAAAAGUAAUGAAUAUAUUGAUUAGCUGUCUUGGAAAGAGAGGAUUGGCUUUCUAACAAUCACUGAUACUAGUUUGAGUUUUGGUGGUGGGGGGGUUGUUUUUAAGUGUUAUCAUCCAUACUGAAUUGAGAGAUGUGCUCCAUUGGGUGUUUAAAAAUAUUUGGAAUAAGUUCAUCUACCUGACAUUGAAUCUUUUUUAUUCUUACUCUAAAAAUUACUCUGGCUUUAUAUUCAGUUUAAGUGGUUAAGUGAAACAGUUUUUAGGGUGCAAAAAUUGCUUUCCCACUAUUUUUCUCAUGAUAAUUUGGGUCUCCUGAGCUAUAAUUUCUGAAGGAUUUUUUACUACUUUGGCAUUAUGUAAUCUGAUCUCUGUCACAAUGGACAACUGAAUAAGAAAUAUCUCACUUUCAUGUUUUUGCUUCAUAAAAGGGUAUGGAAUGUACACAUCAGCUUUUUUUUUUUUUAACCAGCAUCAACCUAUAACUUGGUAUAAACUUCCCAAGUAUUCAGAGAAUAUUGCUGGUGAAAAUUUAAAUAGGAUAGGCAUAUAGAAAUUAUAAUGUGUAUUGAGUGAUGUCCUUUCAACCUAGGACUAGUGAAAACCUUCAUUUUUUUAGAGCUGAAGAAAAAAACGCACAUUUAAGAUCAUAUUUAUUGGUGCAUGUAAGCCAUUAUCCUGUCUUACUGAACCAAUUAAUGCUGUUGAUUGUUGAAAUGUGAAAUGUAGUCACUGUUGACCUUGUAAAUAUCUGCCAGAGAUGAAAAAAUAUUUUAAGUUAUUGUAAAUAAAGAUGAUGUAUAAAAUUCAGUAUUAGUCUGCAAUGCAGAAACAUAUCUUAGAUGUUAAAAUACUGUGUUUGAAAGAUGUGUAAUUUACCCUUAGAUGUAUCUAGUUACAUUGAGUGUAAAUUUUUUUGUACAGUAUAAAAAUACAGCUCUAUUUGGCUUUUAA